GCAGCCAUGGCCGGCCUCAACGUGUCGCUGGGCUUCUUCUUGGCGACCUUCUCGCUGUGCCAGGCGGCCCGGUGGGCGGCGGAGGCCCUGCUGCCCGCGGGCGCCUGGGCCAGCUUCGCGCGGGAGGCAGUGGGCGCUGCGCAGCUGGGGGCCUGCUGCCUGGAGCUGCGGGCGCUGGCGGAGCUGGGCCCGUGGGCGGGCGGCGCGGGGCCAGAUGUAGCACUCACGCUGCUCUUUCUGCUGCUGCUGGCUCACGGGGCCACGCUGGACGCCUCCUGGGCCAACCCGUCUGUGGCUCUGCAGGACUUCCUGCUGGCCAGCGGCUCCCCGGUGGGCCUGCUGCGGCAGCUGGCGGCCCAGGCGCUGGGGCUGUGGGCGGCGGGGCUGCUGACGGCCCGCGUGUGGGCCUGGGAGCUCAGCACCCCACACCUGCUGCAGGGCCUCAUGGCCCAGCACUGCGGCUCCACCCUGCACACCUCUGUGGCCCAUGGUGCCCUGCUGGAGGGUGGGGGCACCCUGCUCCUGCACCUGGCGCUGCUGCGGCUGCGGACCAGCCUGACCGUCUACAGGGUGCCCGUCCUGGCCGCGCUGACCACCGCCCUGGCCUACGCCGUGGGUCCCUUCACAUCUGCCUUCUUCAACCCUGCACUGGCUGCCUGGCUCACCUUCACCUGCUCGGGCCACACCUGGUGGGAGUAUGUGCAGGUGUACUGGUUGGGCCCCCUGGCAGGCAUGCUGCUGGCUGUCCUGCUCUACCACGGCCACCUCCCACGCCUCUUCCAGAGGAACCUCAUCUACAGUCAGAAGAGCAAGUACCGCAGCCCCAGAGUCAGGCCGGCCCCGGGGCUCGCAGAACCCCAGACGCCUGCGGGGGGUCCUCGGGGCCGGGACCUGGGGUGCCGGGGGUCAGGCCGGGUUGGCGACCGCUGAGUUCUGGCCAAACCUGCUGCCCUGUGGUCAGGGGGUUGGACCCCAGGAUCUGCCUGAUCUGGGAGACAGGCUUGCACUCCCUUCCUCCACGAGAACCAUCUAUCAAUAAAAAGGGGACCAGCCUGACCCCACAGAGGCUUCUGAAAUGACGGGCA